UUUUACACGUGUUGGAUGUCUAUUUCGUCCUUCACAUUUGUCAGCCCCUCACUUUACUCUGAAUUAAGCUCCAUCUGCCUCGCACUGCAACUGAUAUAUCCGCCACGUCGUUUCGUUCACUCGGUCGGUUUCAAUUGCCCUGAAUUCAGCGCGGAUCCGAGGAAAUUCGGUGGUCAAGCGAGGUCGAUGGCGGCUGUGGUCGGUGAGAAGAAGAAUAAGAAAGUGGAUGUGUUCAAUACGGAGGAGGAUCUGGCGGUUUCUCUGGCGAGGUACACCGCGGAUCUAUCAGAUAAGUUUACUAAAGAGAGGGGCUCUUUCACUGUGGUUCUAUCCGGUGGUUCUCUCAUCCAGUCGCUCAGGAAAUUAGUGGAACCGCCUUACAUUGAUUCCAUCGAAUGGUCAAAGUGGCAUGUUUUCUGGGUGGAUGAGAGGGUUGUCCCCAAGGAUCACGCUGACAGUAACUAUAAACUAGCAUUUGAUGGUUUUCUUCGACAGGUACCAAUUCUCCCUGGUAAUGUUUAUGCCAUCAACGAUGCACUGUCGGCUGAAGAUGCAGCUGAGGAUUAUGAGACCUGUCUUAAACAUUUAGUUCAUUGCAAGGUGCUAGACGCUGCAGGUAAUGGGUUUCCAAAGUUUGAUCUCAUGCUUCUUGGUAUGGGCCCAGAUGGACAUGUAGCUUCUUUGUUCCCAGGGCAUCCUCUUGUAAAGGAGAAUGAGAAAUGGGUGACCUUCAUUAAGGACUCACCGAAACCGCCUCCAGAGAGAAUUACUUUCACAUUUCCUGUGAUCAACUCCUCUGCUUAUAUUGCGCUUGUGGUGUGUGGUGCUGAUACAGCAGAACCAGUGCACAAAGCACUGCGAGGAAGUGACGAUUUCGAUAAGCUCCCUGUUGAAAUGGUUUCACCUGAAGUGGAGCUGACUUGGUUUUUGGACAAGGCCGCAGCUACAAAGCUUUAGGAGGUUUGAAAGGAAAGGGUGUCCAGUCCUGUCCUGAUUGAGGAUAUUUUUGAUGCUUCUAGUAUUAUCUUGACUGGAUUUAUAGAGUGAGAUCAAUUGAUUUGCCACAUACUUGUAUGGGUGAUGGAGUGUGUUGUAAUUUGAUUUAAAACUGUCGCUUAUGUUACUUUUCAAUGAAUUAGCAUGCCCUGUGAUAAAAAAGUGUGAUUACAACAAGUA